AUGAAGCCCAUGAAAACUCAAGAUCUUGACAGUCUUGUGAAGCUUAAAUCGAUUCUCGUUUUUAGUUUUGACUGCUGGGGCGCAAGCUACCUUCGCAACGUCCUGACUCACGGUUCUACUCACAUCACAACAAAGCAAGGCAACAAAACCCUUCCGACUGAACUAUGGAUUGACAUCUUAGAUCUGGCAGAGCUCUAUGUCUACAAGAAUAUAUACAAGUUAGUCUACGGGAUUGAAAUAAGUCUCAAGUCUACGAACGGUAACAGAACCGAGCCUACUCUGAUCUGCAAUGUUCUUGAAGAGUGGAAGGAAUGCGAAGAGCUCACGAAUGGUGAUCUCGUUAACGUCUAUGAGAAAUGUCUUAAGGAUCCCGCGUAUGAUUGA